AGCAAGCGAGGGGAGUUUGCACUUCCUAGAAGAGAAAAACUAAAUUUUUUAGAUGAAAUCAAAGGCCAAUGUAAAUAAAAAUCCCACUAGAAUCUAAAACGACUAUCUGUGCAUCGUACUUUAAGUGUUUUCGGUCGUGUGAUUAUCGCAAACAUGCGCAACCGUAGAAAAUAACAUGCAAUAUCUAUUUGCCUGUGGUUCCUAGGGAAGUCAUCAAAAAUCUGCUCCAAGCCCAAAGAAAUCAGAUAAACAGAUCCGGAUAGGAAACGGACGGAAGUGUAACGAAGAGAACGGAAAUCAUCAAAAAAUACACACUGGAUGAAAUGUCCCGAACGCUGCGCUAGGCGUAGUACACCAGACGGUACUGCUAUUACUACUGCGAUUUAUGAGCCAGACUUGAAACCAAAGAAGCUGGACGUGCGACAACCGUACAUACCGUGAACAUCCAGUUGAUUCCCGGACGAAACCAGCCACAUAAACCAACAACAAAGGAGUGCGACUAUUGAAAUUGUAAUGAUUGUCCAGGAACCAGUGCAGGCCGCAAUAUGGCACUGCCUAAACCAUUACCAUUAUCAGGAUGCUACAUUUCUUGCUGAAAGACUCUGUGCGGAAGUUGAUUCUGAGGAGAGCGUUUUUCUACUUGCCACAUGUUAUUACCGCGCGGGGCAAAAGCAUCUGGCACAUUGGUUACUUUCUAAGAAAAGCGUUCGUUCGACUCAAUGCCGUUUUCUUCUCUCAAAAUGCGCCUUUGAUUUGAAAAAAUACUCGGAAGCAGAAAAUGCGCUGAUAAACGACGACCAUCUCAGACCUAAGCACUUGGAUGAGAUUGUUAAGGAGUUUGGCGAUAUUGCGUGUUUCGCGUUAGAGUUGGUUUCAAAAAUUUGCCUAAAGACUGAACGAUCUAAGCUUGCAAACGAUGCCAGUCGAAGAGCGAUCAAGUUGAAUCCUUUCCUGUGGCAAGCGUUCGCUGAUCUAUGCAGCAGGGGCGAAAAACCGGAUCCCGAUGGUGUGUUUCAGCUGACCAGCACUGACAUCUUCCAAACCAGUCAAGCACAUCAUUACAGCUCGAUCGUAUGGUUUGGUGGAACGAAUGGCUUUCACCAUGGACCAUUGAUAGAUUCCUCGGCAGGCGCCAAUGAAAGUUUGGAUCAGAUAGGUGAAAAUAUCGAUAAUCCUUCAACCCCGGUUGAUCAAUGCUUCACGCAAAUCAUUAACACACCGAACAAUCACCAUCCACCUGGAGCGCUACCUAGCAUGGGGCUCGGAAAUGCUCCGUAUGUUCCUCAACAGCAUAACCUGAAUUACUCGUACUAUAACAGUUCUGUCGGAUCGAUACGCUUCGGCAGUGGGGCCAAUCCAAACGCGGGCGACCAGACGCCAACACACGUAUUCACGGAACAUAACACACCAUUCCGUAAGCAACAGUUUAAGUAUCUCUCAACAAUAAGUCCCUCGACGCCAAGUUUUGGCGUGCUACCGAUCAUACACACACCCAAUGAACCGAUAGCGUUUCUUAUGACACCUUCUCCACAACUGGUGCCAACGGGCACGCCUGUCGGACAAACUGGAACGACCGCAUUGAUACAGCAGCAAGGCUCGCAGGUAAUGCAAUUUGCUACCGGCAUGCAACAAACGCCACAGCAGCAAAGCCAAGGUAUCAUUGGCGACGGCACAUUAGCAGAUCAGCACGCUGUAGCACCGAAUCGGAAGAUUGCACUGCUAAGUAGUAACAAAAAAAUGCGACGCCAUCACCAUAACAACCUAGGCACCAUGGGGAACAUUAUCAAUCGCAAACACGACUCGCCUCAUCAUCCUCAGCAGGCGGCUAUUCAGCUGCUGCAGCAACAGAGCACCAACACCAAACCUAUCGUAUUCAGUCAAACCGGAAAUCAAUUGACCACCACACCACGUACACCGAUCACUACCGGUGGACCACUACAACAUGGCCCGAACGUAAGACGUAGCUCACGUUUAUUUAGCAACAGCAAUUCGGUGAAAGAGAACGCCAAAAGUCCACAAAUAAAUAACAAAUUCGUAGCGCCAAGAUCGCCACCUCGAAGGACGAAGCAGCGUAUUUCCAAGACGAUCAACAGUAAUGUCACAACGUUGCUAGAGAACAUACCGGAAAAGAAGUCGUCCGUGUGUGGCCCUGGUGGAGAUGCAUCGGUGAAGGAGAAAAUCGAAACCAUUACUUCCACCGUCAACAACGACGCCACACCACUGCUAAAUGAAAAAGUCAUGAUAAAUAAUAACAUAAACAGCGCUCAGAAGAUGGCCCAACAGGUGCUGCAGCUGAAGAAGCAAAGUGCGGAUGGGUUGAUGACGCUGUUGCGUGAGCUAGCCCAUGGUUAUCUCCGGUUGCAGAACUACGAAUGUGAGAAAGCAAUCGAGCACUUUUCCAACGUUCCACUGCAUCAUCACGAAAGCAGUUGGGUCAAAAGCAUGAUAGCGCUAGCCUACCAUGAGAUGCGCGACUACGAGUCUGCGGUUCACAUUUUCCACGAUAUUCACGAACGCGAACCGUACCGACUGCAGUACAUGGAAAUCUACAGCACCGAUCUGUGGCACCUGCAGAAGGACGUAGUGCUGUCGUCGCUGGCACAAGAUCUGAUGGCCCAGGACAAAACUUCGCCUAUCACCUGGUGCGUGGCGGGCAACUGUUUCUCGGCGCACAAGGAACACGAAACGGCGAUCAAGUUCUUCUUCCGUGCAAUACAGGUUGACGAAGACUUUGCCUACAGUUACGCCCUGCUGGGGCACGAGCUGGUGAUGACGGAGGAACUGGAAAAGGCCCUUUCCAUGUACAGGCUAGCUGUACUGCACGAUCCGCGACAUUACAACGCCUGGUUUGGCAUCGGUACAGUAUUUUGCAAACAGGAGCGCCAUGAGCUAGCGGAACUUCACUACCGGAGAGCGUUACAGAUCAAUCCGCGCAAUUCGGUCAUCAUGGUGCACAUAGCCGUGAUGCAGUUCUUUCUAAGAAAAACCGAUCUAGCCAUCAGGACGCUGAAUGCCGCAAUCGCACUCGAUCCACGAAACCCUCAGUGCAAAUUCCAGCGCGGUUCAAUGUUUUUCAUGAUGGGGCGUUAUCACGAGGCACUCAAGGAGCUGGAUGAGCUGAAGCAAAUCGUGCCAAAGGAAGCGAUGGUAUACUAUCUGAUGGGCAAAAUUCACAAAAAGUUAGGCAACGUUGAUCUGGCACUGAUGCAUCUUAGUUGGGCUACAGAUCUGGGUUCGAAGGGUGCGAACAAUCAGAUAAAGGACAAUUUUGACUCCAUCAUCCGGACGCCCGACGGCGAUGGCGGGAUGGAAGGUGAUGGUGGGCAGGCGGGAGAAUCAAGCAGAGCGGGAGAUUCCACCGGCACUGGUGCAACCGGUAGCGGAGGCACAGCGCACGGAGACGGGGACGGUGUGAACGACAAAAUUGGCAGCGUUGGUAGCCUUGAUCCGGAAGCGGGCAGUAGCAGUAUCGAUCCUGAUUAUUCGCUGGGUAUCGAGCAGGUAUCUAGUGACGAUUCAACCGCUGCAGUCAGUAUGCGUAAUGAGUCGUUAGACAUAAUAGCAAACAAUUUCUACGACAGCGACAGCUAUUAGCCAAAUGAACUCCCAUUGGCGACAAUGAAUCGGCGCUCGUCUAUGUGAACUGGUCGCACAUAAGAAUCAAAGCAGUCCUUCUACCGCACUCGUUGUCGUGAUACGAGACCAUACGAGCGCGCAAGUCAGUUGGUCACAGUCAGUCAAUCACACGCUUCAGUAGCUGCCUCAACAUGCGUGAGAUCAAAUGUCGAAUAAUAAGCUUCGUACAUGAUACAAUUUUUCUCGUCUCUUCUGAUAUGCCUUUCUCCCCUUAACUCUGGUUUAUCACAAGGAAUCUGUGUUUCUCUUUGAUAAUCUAUGGUUCAUGUAAUUAUGUGUCAGGUUGAAUCGUUUAUAAUUGCGCCCUUUUUUGUUAUUCCAUUAUACGCCUAAGUAGCAGUUUAUUUUGAAUUCAUUUUAUGGAAACCCACCAAACAAAAAAAGAAGAAGAAUAAAGAACAGGAAACAGCAGAGCAUACAAAUAAUAU